CUGACGUACCGAAUUGACAAGACAAAGAUGUCUACGACAAUUACAGAAGAGCCACAUACCGAAUUAAGCCACCUCCCACAAUCUCACUUUCGCACCCUAACGACUACAACAACAACCCCAGACCCUCCCCCAUCAACCGUCCACGAUAACCCCUCCACCGAACCCCCAGAUGACGCAGUAAACACCACAACCGCCAUCCCAGACGGCGGCUACGGUUGGACAAUAGUCUUCUGCUGCGCCCUAACCACAUUCUGGAACACCGGAAUCGGCAACUGCUGGGGCGUCCUACAAGCCGCGCUCCUCUCCUCCACACUCCGCACAACCCCGCCAUCAACCCUCUCCUUCGUCGGCUCGCUCGGCCUCGCAGGCGCAGCAGCCUGCGGCCUUCUCGUAAUCCGCCUCAUCCGCGUGAUCGGCUCCCGCACCACCGGCGUCCUAGGGGUCCUCUUCAUGGGCGCAAGUUUAAUCGGAAGUAGCUUCUGCACCGACAAUCUCGCGGGCUUGUUCGGGACUGCGGGGGUGCUGGCUUCGAUUGGAGUUGGGAUGGUGUAUACGGUUGCCAAUGCGCUGCCUAUGCAGUAUUUCUCGGGUCAUCUGGGGCUCGCCAAUGGGUUGGUGAAGCUUGGGGGUGGGAUUGGCGGGUGUGUGAUGUCUGUCGCGUUGGAGGCUUUGAAUCGGAGGGUCGGGAUCGCGUGGACGUUUCGGAUCCAGGGGUUGCUCACGAUUGGAACGGGUGUACCUGCGGCGUGGAUGUGUGUGGAUCGCGUGUCUAGGAGGAAUACUUUGCCUGUUGUGGAUUUGGGCAUGUUUAAGUCUGUGGCCUUUUUGGCCUUUUUUCUUGGCGGCGCCAUCGGAACAUUUGCGCUUUUUGUACCGCCGUAUUUUUUGCCGUUGUUUGCGAGGAGCUUGGGGUUGAGUUCGGCCACGGGUGCUGGGUUGGUCGCGGCUUUCAAUGCUUGUAAUGCUGUGGGAAGGUUCGUGGCAGGCCCGCUUUGCGACAAGAUUGGCCCCAUCAACACUUUGCUUAUCUGUAUGGUUCUCAACGCUGUCAGUAUGCUGGCCGUCUGGACAGUUGCGGACUCGCUUGGCCCGUUGGUUGUUUUCGCCAUGCUUAACGGUGUCGCGAACGGGUCAUUUUUUACUGCUCAGCCGGCGGUUGCUGCCGGUAUGUUCGGGCCUGGAAGGGCUUCUGUUGCCAUGAGUAUGAGUGUCACUGGGUCGACGGCCGGAUACUUCAUGGGCGCCCCUAUUGCUGGGUAUCUGCUUCAAGCGGCAGGAGGUAAUCCACAAAGUGGCGACGAGCAAGGAAUCGAGGUCUACCGACCGGCAAUAUUCUACGCUGGGGCGGUAGCUGUGGUUUCUUCUUUGUUCAUUGUAUGGGCUAGGACGCGGCUGACGGAGAAGUGGAUCAAGAAGGUAUAG